AUGUUCCUUGUUCAAAUAUUGAUUCUACUCGGUCAAUCACCCAUCUUGGCUAGUCGAAAUUUUCAAUUAGCAAAGGAUUCUCCCUCAUUCGCCAUUCACGGUGAUCGACUUCAAAACUUUUCGAGCAUCGGAGUUUCUGCAAAAGAAAUUGCCGAUUUUCUUAUUGAUGUCACGCAAACUGACUGUCAAGAGUUACCUACUCGAAAAUCAAAGAGUCUUACUAAGAACGAGCCAGUCUGCACUGAUCCGAUUCCUUUUACAAUUAACGGAAUCUCACCAACAGCUACAUUUGAUGAAGAAAUACUUUAUUCGAGUUCUCCAGGAAAUACUCAGAUCGGUCAUUUCUAUGCGAGUUCUUUCAAAAUUGAAAACGAGACAUUGCUCACAGUGCGUCCUAAUGAAAAAGUGAAAAGCAAUUAUGCAAUAUCUUUUCGAGUUCGACAAUGGGUUAAUGAAACUCAAAAAAUACUGGUUCUUCCUGGCACUACUCGACAUCUCAUUUACGAAGUCUUAAUCAAAAGUGGUGUCACUGCCACAAUUGUUCCCAAUCCGAAGACUUAUUUCUCAUCAGAAAAUUUGCGAGGCCCGUUAACAAAACAGACGCCAGUUGAUCAUCAAAUCGAAUCAAAAACAUGCUCCUUUUUUCAGUCAAAUAUUACGUGUUCCACUCAAAAAUUGUAUCAGAUCUAUGCGGGUUCUGAUCCUGGAAUUGCAAAAAACCCAAAACAUUUGCUAAUUGAAACAGAAUCAGGGACAUCGAUCGAUUCAAGGAACUCGGCAUCAAGUGUGUUUACUCGGAAUCAAUGCAAUUUUUGUUUGAUUUAUAACACAAAUAUUCCAGCACUUAGUUUGGAUGUGUUUUCAUUGUGGACACCUUUUUGGUAUCCUUGGUUUUUCGAUCUACCUGAUAAAAGCAUGUUUAGCCCACAAAAUGAUAAGCAAGUGUAUUACGAAUACGCGGCAGAGUUCAAACCAUUCAUCGGCGAGCUGAAACAACUCAGCGGUGGAGAGGUUAUUGUUUACGGGACCAAAGCGGCUUGUGACACGACAACAUUCAAAUUCAGCUAUACUUCUGUGCCCUUUUAUCCAAAGAUUCCUUUUCAAGCACAAUGCAUUCGGUUUCUUUUUUGUCCCUUUGUCAAUGGACGUCGCACAAUGCAAUUGUAUCUUGAUGAAAAAUCACCAUCCUUUGCAAUUCAUGGCUUUCGAUUGGCCAUGUUCGAGACCAUUACAAUGACACCAGUGAAUUGCACGUUUUGCAAAUGGAUUAUCGAUUACACUCAAGCUAACUGUAUCGACUCUGGAUCUAGUACGGAACCUGGCAAUUGUUUUGAUCCGAUUCCUUUUUUGAUUAAUGGAGAAGAGCCUGGUCUACCAAAUAUCUUUGAAUUAAAGCCUCGUACCGAAUCAGACUCAUUCUACAUGGUCACCACUAAGCUGAAUAUGACUCACAAAAUUGUACUAUCUUCUAAAGCAAAUGUGGUGUCUUAUGACUUUGCCGUUUCAUUGAGAAUCGAAGAAUGGCAAAAUGAUACCAAGAAAAAGGUGGUGAUCCCGGGAACAGGAAAUAAUCAAGCUAGCUUUUUCGUGGCUGUUCAAAGGGACGAAAUCCUUACGAUUGUGAUCAACCAGACAAACGAUAAUGGACCCAUAACAAAACUACUCGUUUUUCCAAUCACCGAUCCAGAAAGAGUACCUGCUUCCUGUAGAAUUAUUACGCAAGAAGAGAAAUGCUCAAAUGAAGAGCUUUUUCCCGUCUACUUCGGUUCUGCUCUCGGUGCAAGCUUCGAGAAGCGUUACCACUUAAUCGAUGCUAUCUUGAACCAACAAGUGCUUUCAAAAACGACAGCGACCACGAUUUUCGUCGAAAAGCAAUGUUCCUUCUGUCUCUUGUAUCAGCCAGACAUAGCUCACUAUGGAUUAGAUGAUUGGGCCAUGUGGACGCCUUCAUUUUAUCCAUGGAAGCAUGAUCAAAUUGAUUAUGUUAUUCAAAAUUUCGAUUGGAGGAGUUCGUUUGAAAAAACUGUACCAAGCUGGAGUUCACAAAAUGCGACGAUUGAAAUCGUGAUGAUCGAGACGGGAUCUGUACGAGUGUUGGGUUUGGAAGGAAAAGAUUGUAACGGUUUGGUCUACAGGAAAAGUUUUAUCAAGCCAGUCAAGUUCUCGCUGAAGACUGCUUGCGUUGAACUCGUCUGGCGGCCCGAACUGAAUGGGCAACCGGUUGAAAAUGUGGGACUAGCAAUGUUUUUCACACUUGGAGCAAUUAUCCUUUUCACCCAGUCAAUUAUUGCCGUUGACAUUUCGUUGACUUCAAAAAGUCCAUCCUAUGCUGUACACGGUCGUCGAUUACUGGAGUUUAAGAAGAUAACAAUUUCGAUUGACGAUAAUAAUGUUGCAAAUCGGGAAAUCCUCAUUGAUUACACUCAAGUUGGGUGCAAAAACACGAGAAAUUCAAGUCUAGAAAAUCAUAAGAUUUCUAUUGAUGUCUAUAAAACUUGCUUGGACGAGUUUCCAUUUACUGUUAAUGGAGAAAUAUUGGAUUCAAAAAAUGGAGAAGUUAUGCCGUACAACGAAGACAUGCAAGAACUUCUCUAUUCUACCACAUUCACCUAUAAAACUAGCAAUUCAAUGUCACUUCUUGUCAAUUACACCGCUGAUGUUUACCCUUUAGAUUUUGGUCUUUCAUUUCGAGUAAAGAAUUGGGUUAACGCAACAAAAAAGAUCUGGGUUCUACCGGCAGUUAACGAGACGAAACGACAAAAUUUCGUCUUAGUGAAAUUGGAUGUCAUUGUGACAGCCGUCAUUUAUCCCCCUUACAAUUUACCUACGUUGGAACUGAAUUCGGUGCUACAGCCCAACGACAAAGAAAUGGAUGAAAAAAGCCCAUGUCAGCAUUUUAAAGUUGACGUUACUUGCCCGAAAGGGUCAUUGUAUUCGGUUUUCUUUGGCUCAGAUCCUGGUUUAAAUCCGGAUCCAAGAUAUCACAUUGGUGAUUACAAAAGCAAUAUUUCGAUUGUGACCAAAACGACGGCGACCAGCGUUCAGGCGGCAAGCAGUUGCUUGUUUUGUUUGACUUAUCAGGCUAAUAAAGGCGUUGCUUCAGCGGACGAUGUUCAAUUUUUGGACAAUUUUGCUCUUUUCUCGUCUCCUUUCUAUCCUUGGAUACACGAUGAACCAUAUCAAAGUGGAAAUCACUCAUAUGACUAUGGGAUGACAACUUUCAAAGAAAAUCGUGAGCAUAUCGUACUAAUUUCUGUGAAAUCAAUUGAUGGAAUUAAACUUGAAAUCGGAGCACUUGGAAACGAUAAACAAGUAUGCACAAGAAACCACGGACAAUGGCAUUACUUUGAUGCGGUGCCUACGUUUGAAAUCAAAACAUUGAUUAGUUGCCUAAUAAUUGGAGAGUAUUGGGCAAAGACUGAGCCACCCCAUGGCUUUGUCUUCUCGAUUCAAGAGAAUGAUGAGGUUUUUCCUGCAGACAAUGCUAACUGUUUAGUCACAUAUGAAUUGACCAUCGAUGAACCACAUAUGAUUUUUCGAGAUAUCGUCAUUCAUGAAAACCAGCCGCUUUGCAUUCACAGGGAAUGCGAUGAUCGAAAUUGUGAAAUCUUUGUCGACCUGGCGUUCCAAUGUCCACAAGAAGAAGCUGAUUGUUCAACCACAAUCCCUCUCGAACUUUUUCAAGUCGAUCGAAAUGUGAAGGAAUGGGAAGAGUGUGAAGAAUGGCCAUCGAAGAUUGACAAGACAACUUUAUUCACUUGCCAUCUCGUUGUCGAUGAGCUUGCGUUCUUUGCUGAAUUCAAUCAUCCAAAAACCUGGGCGUAUUCCGCAAUAGUGCGAAGAAAUGCUGAUUUAAACAUCUAUGUGUUUCCAACUUACAACAAUUUGGGAAGCCGUCCUUAUUAUGAAUCGACACUGGGAUAUGAAGUCAAAUCACGAGCCACACCAACCGACGCGGAUCGUUUUGAGCCACAGUUUUUGGAUUCGAGUUGCUACAGUGUUUUGGUUCCAGCUGGAUGCUCACCGACUAUCUAUUUAAAAACUCUUCCUCAUAUAACUACCGCUACCGUCUUUAAUCGUACAAAACUCCUAUGUGAUGGCAGAAUCUUCCUCACUUCAAUGGGCUAUGGAAAUCCGUCCGAGGGACUAUUUUUUCCGUACUACUGGCAAAAGCAAUACACUUUUUCGCAUCAUAUCUUUUGCGAUGGCAAAAUUAAUAUCGAAAUUGAAGUCUUUAAAAUCGGUUCCGGGAAUUUAACCCUCGAAAUUCUUGAUACAAUUCAUGGAAGCAAUGAUACACCGAUAGUUCUUCUACCUGGGACAAAGAUACCGGCUAAUUUUACGAUUGCAAACAAAACAGGAUUGAAUGUCUUUUGGAAUGCAUUGGAUGAGGACGAGAAAGAUCCAGAAGACGAGCAAACACCGUCCUUUGCCAUUCAUGGAUCAAGACUCAACAUCUUUACGACAUACACAAUUAUUGGCGUGCCAGGUGUUGACUGGUUGAUUGACUACACACAAGAUGGCUGUAAAACAACGAAAAAUGAUCACCCUAGAGAGCCGAAUACACCAAAAAUUCGUUGUUUUGAUCAAAUCCCAUUUGAGAUUUCUGGAAAAUCACCCGAGAAACAAGAACAAGAAAAAAUCACGCCAUACAGCGAAAAUUUGAGAAUUUUCUACUCUUCAACAUUCAAGCUUGCGAAUCUGAGCCAACUAGUGAUCAAACCAACCUCAAACAUGAAUAAA